AUGUUGCUAGGUCGUCAAAAAGCACGUGAAAAAUAUCUUAAACUUCGUCGACGAAUUAUAGGCCCUAAGACUACAGAUACAAAGUCAAUGUUCGAUGUUGAUUAUUGUUUCCGUAACGUCGUGGAUGAUUCGCAAGCUCACAGCAGUGAAUCUAGUUUGCCUGUGGACGAAGCUAAUCGUUUAGAUGAGCGUAAGAGAUACUUCAACUUGCGUGUUCACAAGAUAAUACCGGUCCUAUGA